GUUAAUUUUAAACAUUGUUGCCAUUAGAAAACCAAUUAAACACCAAACAACUAUGAUUUACAGCACUUUUUGUGGAGCUGUCAAAUAUACUUCUAUUUCUUUUCGCGUAUAAUUUUGUCGUACUGUCGAUUUAGAUACAUUUAAACUGCAAAACAAACCUUUAUAACGUCUUUUACACCGAAUUUUCUGCCUAUCACGUCGAAUUUCUUUUAAAACAAACCCUUCCAGCUUGUUUGCUGGAAAUUUGACAUUAAUCGACCAUAACCUCAAUCUCUGACAGUGAUGGUGGGGUCGGGAAACAAUUGACGACCGUCAGUAGUGAUGUGAAAUUAAUACAGUGCGGCACCGAAAAACAUGGAGAAAAAUACGAGUAAUUUUCAGCGAUACUUGAAGCAGUUCAUUAAGUUAUUAUUUGGACUUGUUGAAUGUUUUGUGCAUUGGUUGUUUAGUAAAAUAUACCGUAAAGAUGAGUCUAAAUUACCCCCCAUAGAGGACUUUAUUCUCAUGGAUUCCGCAUCCACUCUGGCUAUGAAAAUACGGACAGGAAAGUUAACAAGCGAAAAAGUAUUAGAAUCCUUCAUUGACAGAAUAAAACAAGUAAAUCCUAUAAUAAAUUCGGUGGUCGCCACUCGAUUCGACGAGGCUAGAAAAGAGGCUAAAUCGGCCGACGAAAUCAUCAGAACUGGUCUUAUUCCAUUGGAGAAAUUGGAAAAGGAAAAACCAUUCCUCGGUGUACCGUUUACUACAAAAGAUUGCAUUCCAAUAAAAGAUUUGAUACACUCUUCCGGACUGGUUCAUCGUAGAAACAACAUCUCUGAAGAAGAUGCAAAAGUGGUGGCAAGUCUCAGGAACGCCGGAGCUAUUCCAUUGGGGUUGACCAAUGUUUCCGAACUAUGUAUGUGGUGGGAAAGCAGUAACAACGUUCACGGAAGAUCCCGAAAUCCCUAUGACUUCUCAAGAAUCGUCGGAGGGUCCUCUGGUGGCGAAGGAAGUUGUCAAGCAGCAGCGCUAUCUGCCUUUGGUAUUGGUUCCGAUAUUGGCGGUUCCAUUCGUAUGCCAAGUUUCUUUAACGGAGUUUUCGGCCACAAACCAUCCCCAUUGACCGUACCCAACCACGGACAAUACCCACAACCCAUCACCGAGGAACAGAACAUAUUUUUAGGAAUUGGACCAAUGUGCAGAAGGGCCGAAGAUUUGACUCCCAUACUUAAAGUCAUAGCGAACAAAUCGCACUUGGAAAUGAUGAGACUUGACGAACCUGUCGAUAUACAAAAAGUUAGGUUUUUCUAUCAGGAAAGUGACACUGAUUCGUUUUUGGUUUCACCAGUUGCUCAGGAAAUUAAGGAUUUGUUUCCAAAGAUUUGCAUUUACUUGAAUAAGGCUCAUGGAAUCAAGGCUUCAAAGGUUUCGUUUAAAAGUUUCGGAAAGAGCGCUCCCUUAUGGUUCGCUAAUAUGAAAGCACCAAGCGGUCCAAAGUUUAAGGACCAACUGGCCAACCUUGACGGUACAAUAAACCCUUACGUGGAACUCCUAAAAUGGACUUUGGGAAUGUCCCAACAUACUUUCGUAGCUCUAGCUACGUGUCUAGCUGACAAAACAGGGUGUAAAUAUGGCGACUCAGAUCACCAGAAGCUGGUCAGCAUGAGAAACGACUUAAAAAAUGAUAUUCUCGAUCUCAUCGGAGAUGAUGGUGUAUUUAUUUAUCCCACACAUCCAACAUCUGCUCCAUACCAUAACGAACCAAUCUUCAAGCCUUUCAAUUUUAGUUAUACGGGUAUAAUGAAUAUUUUGGGCGUUCCGGCCACCCAUAUCCCCAUGGGUCUGGAUAAAAAUGGACUGCCAAUCGGAGUGCAGGUAAUAGCGAAACCUAACAAUGAUAGGUUAUGUUUGGCGGUUGCUAGAGAGUUUGAAAAAGCUUUUGGAGGCUGGGAACCACCUUCAACUGUUUAAAAGAAUUUCCUUUAACAACAUAACACACACCACAUUGCUCAAUUGUGUGUUAAGGCCAAAUUGAGAUUGAGCAUAUAAACUAACAGGUGUACCCGUUAAAAAUUAUCGUUUUUAAUUGACAAAUGGAUAACGCUUAUCGAAAAGGAACCAAGCGCCAAAAAAUGUUUCUGGGCUUAGUAAAAUUAUUUGUAAAAUAACUCACUUUUCUCAAAAGGAUUGAGAAGGUUCCCAAAUCAUUAUUAAUUUUUUGAGCAGCAUUAAAAAUGAGUUUUUUUGCAAAUAAUUUGAUUUAUCCCAAAAAAAGUUUUUGGCGCUUGGUUCCUUUUCGAUAAACGCUAUCCAUUUUUAAAAUAAUAAUUUUUCAAUCGGUACAACGGUAUACCUAAUUGUGUCUAUCUAUAUUAAUAAUAUUUUUAUAUUUCGUGUUGUGAUAAAAAGUAUCUGAUUUUGCACCAUUUGUGUGAAAACUGUUUGUCAUAUGUUUAUUAAUUGUUUACUUCAGGUUCCAAAUAAUAUAUCUAAUAUACGUUUAUAUCUUAUACAACAUGUCUACAUACAUUAUUUUUGUAUUGGCGUUUAUAUUUCUUAAUAAAAAAUGUGUGUCCAUA